CUUUUUACUUACUAUAAGUAAAACACCAAUACAUUAUAAAAGCAUUUGACACGAAACAUGUUCCCUGAUGUCACAUUAUCAAUACUUUCUUUCCAUCCUGAACUUGUAUCUCUUAACUCAAUUUAAAAAAGGCAUACUUUUUCGCUGCGUUCACUCUUGCUAUCACUGUGCAAUCUGAUAUUCUAUGAAACAGUAGAGUAAUGAACGAACGAGACUUCAGAUUCUAAAAAUAACGUUAUGACACAAAUACGGGGGAGUCUCCAAAUCACCAGUCCUGCAGGACUAAGACUCUUCGUCUGCUUCUAAUAACCUCUAAACGAGCUACCGACCGACAUAUAAUUAUUUGUAGGAAUAAGUUCUGAGUAGAAAAUGAAGCGGAUAAAUGACACAAAGAGAUAGUAUCCUAAUCUCAAGCUAUCUACAGUCCCUAAACACUUUACAGUCGAAAAUCCUUCGCUGAGUAACCACGAAGACACAAGUCUUUUCAGUUACGUCCAGUUUAUAAUAAUCUAAUAAAAUCCAAAACUGUUUUAAAUUUACCAAUAGUUUCGUCAAAUCGAAUCGUUCAAUAUUUCUGAAACAUGCAAUUUAUACUCUACUCAAUAUAAAUACUACACGAUGAAAGCAAUGUCAUUCGCUAAUAAUACCCGAUAGCAUUCUUCUGUCUCCGUCGGGCUCAGGUAGGUUAUAAAGAUAAAGUGAAAUUCUCUGCCAUAAACACUAAACACCAUAAUUCCAGAAACUCAAUACCACCUUUCUUUUCCUUUUUCUAGGUAAAUAAGACACCACAUCUUCUGUCUGUACUUUUCUACAAACCAUCCUGAGGUUCCCCCUAGCUGUGUACCCGUAAUAAAAGGAGUUAGAAAAUUUCCUGACGUCAGCAGUCCCAAGUGAGUAAGUCACAACAAAAGCUUUUUAAUCCUCAGUUCAGUGUAUUGUUAGAUGAUGUCCUAAACGAAAGUUUCACGGAGGUUUGUAUGCUACUAUGUCCAAAACAACAGGCAGUGAAUAGAUGCACAGAAAGGAUGUUAAAUAGACUUCAUCCUUCUUCUAAUAUAAACACCUUGUACUAUGUAUUUUUCAGGACUUGGAUUUCGUAAGUAAAUUACACGUUAACUGGCGAGUAAUGAUAUUUGAAAUUAUGUAUAUGGAUGGUACAAAAAUAUCGGUCCUUCAUACAUACACAGGAGCUAGAAUGCUGUAAACAAAACAGGUAAUUCACAAUACCGUUAAACGUCAACUAUCUCCACGGAUUUUGUCUCUGUUUUUUAUGACACUUUUAACAACGGACAGUAAGCCUGACCAUGGGUCUACAAAGGGAAGGACGUGGGUCUCCUUACGUCCCCUAACAUAUUGGUGCUGUAUCCAGCAGCCCAUGUCCUGAUGGUCCAUUUGUUGAAUUCUCGAACGGCCAGGUCGUUUCCAAUUAAUGUAGAGGAUGACUUAGGUAUGUAAAAUUAGCAUAAGGGUUGUAUACCCCAUUGAUGUUUCGUACAGUUGAGAUACUAGCACCCUUAAAUCCUCCGUUCAUCCCCUCUUACAAGGAUUGUUCUGCUGGUGGAUGACUGUGGAUGACUCCUGGAUUUUUUUAAUAGCACUGCAAGACAAUUUUACGAUUUGAAUAAGGUAACUGAACAUGAUGUGGAAUUUGACAGUAACAUUGUGAUAAAAAGGUUAGUUUGUGCAUGAAGGUAGCGGUAUGAAAUUUGUCUGAGUAAGAAAUAAGAGAUUAGUCGAAGGUCACUUUGAGUAAUUUGGUGCCGCUACUAUUUGUGUUACAGUCCCACCCAAAAGUAAGAAAUGUUAAAAACUCGUAAACACUGAGAGAUAGUUUGUGUACCGUUAUAGGAAUUAUAGAUGUUGAUAGAAGUAAAUCCUAAAACGAAAUUUGUCUAUCUUCCAUCAAAUGUAUUUGAGCUAAUUACGAAGUUACAUUUCAUCUUUAUUUAUGCUUGGAUUGUCAUCUGUGUAACAUAACCUUGCCGCGUGACCAUGAUGUCAGUGCACACUUGCAAGUUGAAAUAUGUCCAAUUUUCAGAAUUCGCUGUAUGCAGUAUUAAGAAAUAUUUAAAAGAUUGAAUAAAGUUUCAACUGGAACAAUGAUUUAUAUUGGCAUGGAAGUAAUUACCUAUAACCGUGAAAUGAAAUACAAAAAGGAAAUAAUAACAAUUCUAAAAUAAAUAGCAAAUAAAAAGGGACAGAAGUACGUAAAGAAGCCAUAAAGAGAAAUAUAAUAAUGGCACAAUGCACAAAAAUAUAAAUUGUCCGAUGGCAGGGGAUGGUAGCAUAUCUACAGGUAGGCAGUGAGUUUUGCAUCCUGAUUUUGUGGGACGGUCUAUAAUAUAGUAGGAGGGUUGUUACUUUCAAAAAUAGCAUAGCCGUGAGCCAAUUGGUUCAAAGACUGGGAAUUUCCGUGCUACGAAACGAAUAGGCGGAAAAUUUAGCAGACGAUGUCGACAGGUUAUGAAAACUUGCUGGAACCACCAGUGUCAGUUCUCUGCAGUGAGUCAUUCGCUCGUGUCGUCUUUUAACAUUCAAUCGAUUGUCGACAAGAUCGGUGCGUCGUGCGUAUACCGUGUAAGGUGCUACUUGUGAUUGGAAAAAAGAUUGUCGUGAUUACUCUAUUCCAAGACCGAAUCCAGUUGAAGUCGGUUGCCAUUGAACUCUCUCUGUUAUAUUCACGGACGUAAAAGUCGCACAACGACGCACGAUUCACAUAAAUUGUGAAUCCCCAGAGCAUCGUCGAUGAAUAAAAAAGUCGAGGAAGACUCGUGGCUGCACAGUGGAAUCGCGUACUUGGUGCGAUAGCUACAACGCGUGCUUUGACUCUGCCGUGGCCGGUUUACCCUGUCAAAGAGUGUGGUGUUACGUCGUUUGUUUUGGAUUUUAAGUCGAACGUCGACAAGCUACUUUCAUGACUUGAGAAAUACUACGACAUGGAUUACUCUUUGAAAGUGAUCACCAAGAAUGAAUCGUGUCAGCAACAAAACAAGGAAGCGUAUUUCAUGUCAUCAUCAUUGGUCGAUCAUCCUGAAGAAAGUCAUCGCUGCCCUUCGUGUCCUGCCGCGCUCUCAAGCUUGAAGCUGCUCACAUAUCAUCUUCGUAGUCAUCAUUCUCCACGCGGUACGCAUUCUAGCGGCGAAGAGGAUUAUACUUGCGGCGUCUGUCAUAAAGUGCUCAGUUCUGCAAGUUCACUGGAUCGACACCUACUCGUUCAUUCGGGUGAAAGGCCCUUUAAGUGUCAACACUGUGAGAUGGCCUUUACUACCAAUGGAAAUAUGAAUAGACACCUAAGGACGGCACAUGGGGUACAAUCACUUCGUAGUUCUAUAGAUUCAGAGACGAGCAAUGUAUUAGAAAAGUCUACGAAAAGACGUCGUGUUGAACAGAACAAUAAUAAUGAAGUUGUCGAACGUAAUUCUUCGGAGCCAGUCAAGGAAUAUGAAUGUCCCAGCUCGACUGUAAUCAUACGGAAUUCAUUAGGCUCUACGGAUCAGCUUGAGACGCAAUACAAUCAUGAAACUACUCGCACUGGUUUUGAAUCUAAUAAUAACGAGAAUAUAGCUAUUCGUAAGUGUCAGAUAUGCCACAGACAAGAUUUUGCUAGCAUGGCUCUUCUUGAAGCUCAUCUUCAACACAAUCAUCCUGAAGUGCAACCCAAGUGCGAAAUCUGUGACAUCGUAUUCAAGGAUCAUCGCGUGUCGCAUCAUCAUUGGUUUUUAAGACAUUUUCUUAAGAAAACAGUUACCAGCAUUGUUAGAAAUUUUCGAAAUUCUUUGUCGCCACCAAACGAUCUGUCCUUUUUCAUCUCUUCAAUAAUUGAUUUCUCCAGCAAUACCGACUUAUUUAGCGAAGAAUCUCUUCCCAUGGCAUCUUCUGAGACAAAUCCAAUCUUUCAAUGUUCCAAGUGUUCAUGCAAGUUUCCUUGUGUAACUACACUACAAGCUGCCCAAGAAGCACAUGAGCCUAACUGUGAAAUAUCAAAUUCUGAAAAUAGGAGCCAAAGUGAAAAUCAAUCUCAGAAAGCCGAGUUCCUUGAUAAUCUUAAUCUUCAAAAAGGAGCUGAUCAUUUAAAUGGCAAGACAACUAAAGAUCCGUAUGACUUCCAAAACUCCAGCAUAGCAACGUCUGACCUAAUUCCGCAAGACAUCCUGAGGUCGAGUACCGAAACUCCAGAUAACUUUAUGAAGAUUGAUUCGAACGUUAGAACCUCUAGUUCAUCCGGCGCAUCCAGUUCGUCUUCUUCAGUAUAUCAGGAAGAAGUUCAAGACCCUUUUGCAGCUGAUUUCAGAAUAAUGAAGUUCAAAGGAGAAUUCCCAUGUAGACUGUGCACCGAAACAUUUUCAAAUCUUCGAGCUCUCAAGUCUCACAACAGCGUGCACAUGAACGUCGAUCCAGGCGUUUCCUAUUUUUGCAACAUAUGUCCGUACACGAAUACUGAAAAAGUUGGUCUCAUUAAACAUUUAAGAUCUCAUAAGGGUGCCAGACCUUUUGAAUGCUCUGUAUGUAAUUACGCCUUUACCACCAAGGCGAAUUGCGAGCGACACAUACGCAGUAUCCAUCCGAGCCUCACUCGUGAGGAAAUGAAGAACGCUCUGAUUUAUCAUCCCAACGAAGACCUCGCAAUCGACCCCACUGAGUGUGAAUCUGCUGUACCAUUUGUCAAGAAAGACGCCCGAAAAACUUUAGUCUACACCAACAUACACGAUGAACCCAUACUCCAGUAUUAUCACCAUUCAACAUUACCUGCAGUACCCAGUGAGUUGAAUGCUGAAAUCCAAGGAAUCAAGAAUCUUAAGCUUCUGCAACCAGAAGUUCUUUCAUUAGUUGCCGUAAACAACUAUGAAAAACCGGAAAUCUUCUCAAGAAGAACGAAUCUUGAAUUCGUGAAACGGAGAAGAUGGUCUGAGGAGCCAAAACAGUCUCAGGAAGUAGCAAGAGGUCCCACCUACUUCAGAGACAACCGAAACUUCAUUUCAUCGUGUUCAAGUGUAUCCCUAGUCAGUGAAAUCAAAUCUGAACAGCAUAAAAGGACCGAGGAUGGCCCUAUCAACUUGAAGAUUACUCCUGGACAUUCAGUAAAUGUCCAUGAUUCUGAGGUCAACGACGUUCCUCUUGAUCUCACCAAGAAAUCCAUGAGCAACGACAUCAAGCAGCUUGGCCUAUCUACACUCUCCGUUAGUAAUUCUGUGGACAUUCCCAGUGCCAAUUUUCCAUUGAAUGGAGAUCUUAUCAAUACCACACACGCAAGAUAUCCACAAAAUUUCUUAGGAAGCCUUCAGCCGAGUGCUUGUUCGAUGUAUAGUGGUUUUGAUACCAUCUCAUUGAAGUAUGGUCGAAUUUUACCUGAUUACCAAAAUCCACAUUUAAUGCGUAUAAAUUCUGCCGCGAGGAAUAGAGUUCAGACGGAAUUUGUACCAAAUUUGAAAAAAAUUAAUGGUAAUGGGCGUAGCGAACCAUCUGAAAUUACAUCAAACAUAUUUCAAGUUCAAGAUUUAUUAGCUGGACCAAAUGCUAAUCGAAAUAAUGACUCCAACCCGAUUUUUUCACCAUCGUCUAAUAACUUCGUGGAACCGGAAGAAGAUCGAGAAAAUUCCAUUACGCCGAAAUCAUUAAAAAAGGCUGCCAAGAAUCGAGUUCUCACACAGAAACGCAAACAAGCUAGGUACCGAAUCGAGAAACCUUUUGAGUGUGAGUAUUGUUCAGUGAGAUUCACCCUUAAAAACAAUAUGGACAGGCACAUUAAGCAUCAGCAUCCUGAAUACAGGAAUAAAGGAUCACGAAAAAGUCAUUCCACAAGAGGUCCGUCUAAGACACGACAUCACGAUGAUAUAAAAUCCGAGACUAACUUGUGCCUUAGCAUUUAAUGUAAUAUUAAAAUUCAAUGAUGUAUACUGGGUGAUCUGAGAAUAACAACAGUGGUCAUCCUGAUUUGACGACACCUGCGGAUAGAUACGAACUAUAUACGUAUAAACAAUUGACUAUACAAUACGUAGGAACAGAAAUUUGUGUUCAUUAAAGUGCGAGUGUUGUGCAUGUGACAUGUAAACGUGUAAAGUAUGUAAAUAAACGUUUACUGCAAAUAUUAA